ACUCCAAUAUUUUCGUUUAGACUGAUCACUAUGGAUAAGCUACCGCCUCACUGCCAAGAAAACGCAAUCACCUUAAAGCAAAAUGAUUACAUGAAUUUUGAAAUGAUGUCCAAUGGAAUUAAGGCGAGCUUGAAAUUUGACAGGGUUCCUAAUUUCUACACCAUCGAAAAUAAAGAACUUUACGCUGCGGAGAUCAAGAUCGAAGGAUUGAAAGUAGGAACUGCCACUUUAGUAACUGAAAAUAUGUUGAAUAUAAAAUUGCAUAGCGCAGAGGAUUGGUCGCACAUAAGGAACCUUAACUUUUUAAUACCGUCCGAAGCAAACGCGAAGAAAGUCUCGAUUGAAAUUUUUAAUGAUACAAUUUUUAUGCGGGCACCGCUUAAAAAGAAACAUACAUAACGUUAUGUAUUCUUAUUAUUACAAAUUAUUAAUAUCAUAUCGAAGGUAGGAAAUAUAGUUUAAAGAUCAAUUACAAAACUAUCAUCCUCUGUUGUCUUCCCAUAUUUAUUCAAAACAAAUAAACGUCAUGGGUCAACAACGAA